AUGAUCUUGCCCAUGGAAAGAGUGGAAAUGACCCACACACAACGCCAUGCGUUGAUAAAGGUUCUCCUACAUGGAGAAAAGGGGAAUCUCGAAUGCGGGUUAUACAAUGAAAGCAAAAGUCAAUUCAAAAAAAUUACAUAUUAUUGUGUGUAUUUUACUCCGAAGUGUUUUAGGUUGGUAUAUUUGGCGUGGAUAAAAACACGCGUCAACGGACACAUAAGCGAUUAUUAA